AUGGGUCCCGCAAAGAAGGGCGCCGAGGAGGCCCAGUCCGCCAUCAACGAGGUGGUGACCAGAGAGUACACUGUCAACAUUCACAAUAUCCACCCCCCUGGAGUGGGUUUCAAGAAGCAUGCCCCUCAGGCACUCAAAGAAAUCCAGAAAUUUUCCACGAAGGAGAUAGGAACUCCAGACGUACGCACUGACACCAGGCUCAACAGAGCUGUCUGGCCCAAAGGAAUGAGGAAUGUUCCAUACCGUAACCAUGUGCGGUUGUCCAGAAAACAUAAUGAAGACAAAGACACCCCCCACAAAACACACACUCAGGUAUAUUAUUUAAGUCUCAACACAUUCUUAGAGAAACUGUUGCAGUGGCUGUGA